UGUGUUGCCUUUUGCCCCGGAAGUGAAGCUGUUCGUUGGUUGUUGUGGAGAAAGGAUAGUGGCUGCCGUUGUCCUCAGAGGGAACUCCUAUACUUACAUUUCAAAGAGAUGUUAAGCUUCUUCCGAAAAAAUCAGGAUCCCAAGAAGGUACCGGUGACAGAAAGAGAAGCAGAUGGAUUCAUCCUUCUGGGCAGUACAGUUAAUGAAGAAAGAAAUGACUCUGCAGUUAAAGCUUCAUUGUACAUGACUGGAUCUGAGAGUGAUCAGACUUCACAGACAAAUUCUGAAAACCGAUCAAAAUUGACAGGAACUGAGGUGGGCACAGGAAAAAAUCAGAAUGUGGAAAGCAGUUCUUCUAUGCUGGAAGUUCUCAGUGAUGUACCUUUCACUCUUGCGCCACAUGUGCUGGCAGUACAAGAUACCUGCAAUGACCUCUCCAGACAUUUGCUCUCUUGUGAUGUCAAUGACAAUCUAACAAGAUUUUGGUAUGAUUUUACACUGGAAAAUUCAGUGUUGUGUGAAUCAUAGUUGAAUUACUUAAACAUGCACUGUGAUCACUUGAAGUAAUAUGUGCAGCUGUUAUGUGUUAAAUAACCCUCCUUCUCUAUGAUGUACCAUCAGAAUAAUGUCUAGUUAAAGAUUAACAUUUCCCAUCCUUUUGUGAUGCACUUUACAAUGUUGUGAAGUACCUAAACUGGCAACUCUUUUACAACAAACUUGACUAUAAUUUGAACUCCUUUGAAGCAAUCUAGCAGUGAUUCUCUUGCAUUUUAAAAAGGCUAUCCCAUUGGUCGCAUUAGUUUAUAGCAGCAGCACUCAACCUUUUUACCCAGGAGGAACCCUUCAAAUAAUUUUGCAGCAUCAAGAGAAUCCCUGCAUAAAAAUGAUUGUUAUCUAUAGCUCAAUUUGGCCAAGAUUAUACAUCACAGUCUGAUUUUCAUAACUUUACAAAUCCAUAAGAACACUGCAAACAUGCAAUGAAACUCUGCUAGUAAAUUGUGAAGAUGUUUAUCUGGGUAGCAGCAGGAAAGUUCCAAUGUGCACUUGGUACUUCUGAUAUGCAUUAAGGGCUCUCAUUGUGUCCUGGGACUUCCUAGAUGGUAGAGCACUCUAUUGCACCUUAGUGUGUAUUCUUUACCAGCCCAUAAUGCCUCAGUCACUGCACUACCUACCAUUGUGCAACAUACACCUGCAAGUUUUAACAUCAUGACAGCCAUUAGGUGAAUAUAGGCAUUGUGAAACUACUUGAAUCGGUUUUGAGCACCUGUAAGAGCAUUUAUGAAGACACACCGUAACCCCCAAGUGAAUGGCAGACUUAUGUUGUUGUUUUUAGUCAUUAUCUUUCACAGAACCCCUGGCGACACCUGGCAGAACGCUGGAGUUCCAGGUUGCUUGAGUAACCUUGGUUUAGAGUUUAUAUUUUCAGGAGAGAGAUCACAUAUUACAUUAGUCUCACUUGCACUUUAAUUUUAUAAAUUGGCAGUGUAUAUGUGAUGAUGAAUAAAUUGGUAAUUUUUGUUACAAUAGCCUUGAAAUAUUGUUAAGUGGGAGUAAUCUUGAAGAAUAAUCUGCGGUUCCCUAUACAACUGAUUUUUUACAUCUGCAGUGCAAUAUGUGUUACUGCCAUGUUACUUCCUCUGGUCUUGAGGUUUUCAGAUUGUUUCAUGGAGACUUCAGCAGUUUUUCAUUUGCUGCUUAUUCUCAUUUCUACAUAUGUUCAUGGUCUAUAUAUAUAUAUAUGUUAAUUAGUUUUUUCAUUGCAAACCUCCAUAGCCACUAGAAACAUUGAAAUCUGUGUAUGUAUUGGUUACCACUUUUCCUUUUUCAGUGUGUAUGAAUGAAAGAUGAAAAAACUGAUUUAGCUAUUUAGGAUUUACCUGUUGGAAAACAUCAAAUAAUUUAAUGUCUAACUAAUUUAGAUGGUGUCAUAUCCAAACAUUUAUUUCAUGUCUUCAUUUCAAUUAACCCCUAGCUGAACUUUUCUUAUUAUUGUGAAGUUUAUUAAUAAUUAUUUGUUUUGUGCAAGAUUUAUUUAUUUUCUUUUUACAAAGAGUGAGAUGGGGAAAGGAUAUACUUCUGGUAUGCCAAAGAUAAGACUCUUAGAGGAAAUGGGCAACUUGGACAUUUAAAAGCUUAAGAGUUUUGUUCCACAUUAAUAAUCUUUAGUUUCAGUAUAUGGUAAUAAAUGUAACAGAUAUAUUCACUUCAGUUGCUGGUGUGUGCAUAUUUUUCUCAUGUGAAAACUUAAGAUUUUAUUUUGAAAAACGUGAAGCCUAUGUAAUAUAUUUGUUAAAACUAUGAUUAAAUGUGCAUUCCCUUUCAUUAAUAGAGUUGUUGCAUGUAAGGUUCUUUUCUAUGUAUAUUUGAAACACAAGCCUGUGUUUUAAUAAAAUUAAAUGGGAGAUGAUUGGUUUUUAUUAAAUGAAACUGAUCUCUUGAAUAAUCUAAUAUGUUUUUAAUUCUGCUUAAUAAUGCAUGUGUAGCAGCAGCAGAACUGGAAAAGGUAUAUUAUGAUAUCUUGUUAUUUACCAGAGGAAGGAAACAAACAUAUUAUAAGGCAAUUAGAAUCUGUUCUGCAUUUCCUGGCAAGUGAGAGCUUAAUCUCUCCUCAUAUGUGUUGUAUAUUUGAAUUAAUUAAUUGGAUUUACCAUUAAAUUAAUCAUUUACAGUUUGACCUCUUCAAUAGUGAUACUUCUACUAUUACUAGUUUUAACCCAGAAAUAUUUCCCUAUUAUUAUUGUGUCAAACAUUAUUUUGUAUCUUAUGUAUUUAUACACACACACACACACAGACUAUAAAUGCCCACACACAAAACUUUCUAUAAUAUAUAAUUUUCAUUAUAGAUAACAGUAAUUUUCAUAGCAUAGGAUUGUAUUCUGGCUCCUGUAAAAAUGAAUUUGUACUACGGGUGGUUAAGUUGCUUGUUGUGAAAUGCAUUACUAGUGUAUUUUGUAAGAAUAUUACAUAAAUGUAAAUACAGUAAUAUAAUAAAUAAUACAAUAAAAUGAACAAUGUCAA